UUCAUUCUUGUCAUCCUCGUUCAAGAACAAAGUAUGAGCUACUCCUCGUUAGUGAACUUAUGCUGUAUUACAUAAGCAUAGCUUACUCCAUGUCUUCAACCACUUCCUGAGUGAGCGCAACAGUUGCACAACGGGUCUUGAUUCACUUUGCCCCAACGUGUCACGGAUAGACACCUCAAAUUCCUUACCGAAAAUCUGCACUGUUUAUUUUAGACCUGUCUGUUUGUGAAUCUCAUACCGACAUCAUCCCAGACAAUGUCCGCUGAAAUGGAAGUCGACCCGCCCGUGUCGCAAGACGACGGUGCCCCUCCAGCCUCCGCUACUGGCGCCUUUGAACCGCGAACGCAGACAGGAGCAGUUGCAGUGCGCAGCAUUGAGGGAUGGAUCGUUCUCGCAACAAAUAUCCAUGAGGAAGCUUCGGAGGAAGACGUGACGGACCUUUUUGCGGAGUAUGGCGAGAUCAAGAACUUCAACUUGAACUUGGACCGAAGGACCGGUUACGUUAAGGGAUACGCCCUCAUUGAAUAUUCUACCCUGCCUGAAGCGAGCGCAGCUAUCAAGGCCCUGAAUGGAGCAAAGCUCCUCGACCAGACCAUCCAGGUUGACUAUGCAUUUGUGCGGCCUCCGCCAUCUAAGGGCAAGGGUGGAGCACCAAAGGGUGCCCGGGGUGGACGAGGAAGAAGCAGGAGUCGUGACAGAAGCCGUAGCCCUGGCGCGGAUGGUGCAAGAGAUUAAGAAAGCAAAAGAUCGGCGCUUUGAACACUUCGCUCACGCCUCUUUCACGCUUCUGAAUGCGCAGCCUCUUCACAAGUUGCGCGUCAGGAAGGAG